AUGAACUAUAUCACUGAAACACUUGUUAAUAUAUUAUUUUGUGUCCUUCUUUUGUUUUUUAUAGUUUUUAUCUCUUUAUUUCCAUUUUACGCGUGUGUAAACAAAAUCAAUCAAACUAGAGAUGAAGGGACUCUCCUGUAUCCAAUUACUAAUCAUUUUUAUAAAAUGGCCAAAGUUGUAUAUUUCUUAUAUUCAUACCUUGUACCGUUUGUAUUGUUUCAACUUACAAUCAGAAUUGAAAAAAUGAGCUGUAAAGUUUUGUUUUCGUGUAUUUUUCUAUGCGGGUAUUUCACCAUUUACUUUAUUGUACAAGUGUUUCAUUUGCUAAUCUCGUUCCUUGCAAUUCAAAGAUUCCUCGUUCACUUUUACCCAUCUACAGAGCAAGUGACAGUUUCAGUUCAGAAAUUGCUUUACAAAAAUAUCAAAGGCAUUUAUUUUGUUUUCGCUGGAAAAGAAUUGUGUUGUAUUUGUUUUAUAUUAUCGAAUUUUCAUGCAAACGCAUCAAAAGUAGCAUAUAUCUCGAUGCUUAUAUUUAUUUUUAUUUUAUUUUUAUCUUCUUUGUCAUAUAUCCACUUCUUGAUAAAAAUCAGAAAAUUUAAUUAUCUACAAUCGGUUAAGCAGAACAACCCACAAACAUAUAUUCUAAUGCAAACUAUCAUUGUUUUCAUUUUCAAAUCUGUCUGCAUUUGCAUUCUAUCAUUGUUGGCAUCUUCAAUCAACAAAUUCUACCUGCUUUAUGAAACUGUGCUUGUUAUCACAUCUGACAUUAUUGUCAUCCCAUUGAUCAUUCAGAUUUCCUAUUUAUGCUGUAAUAAACAGAAUAUGACUACUUUAUUCGCUUCAUUUUCAAGAAUUCAUCCUCAGCAAUAUCAAAUGAACAUUUCGACGGUGGCCUAG